CCUGUCGAUAACUGUCCAGCCUUGGGAAUGAAUAGUGCUAGAUCUGAGGAGUUCUUCCAGUCCACCAAUCAUGCAGAGCAGACCAUCCGCAAAAUGGAGAACUACCUCCAGCAGAAACAGCUCUGUGAUGUGCUCCUCCUUGCUGGACAUCACACAAUCCCAGCCCAUAGGCUGGUGCUGAGUGCUGCAUCAGACUAUUUUGCUGCAAUGUUUACUAAUGAUGUGCUGGAAGCCAAGCAGGAGGAGAUCAAGAUGGAGGGAAUAGACCCAGAUGCGCUGAAAGCUUUGGUGCACUACGCUUACACAGGUGUCUUAGAAUUAAAAGAAGACACCAUAGAAAAUCUGCUGUCUGCAGCCUGUCUCCUCCAGCUUUCUCAAGUCAUUGAAGUAUGCUGCAAUUUCCUCAUCAAGCAGCUCCAUCCCUCCAACUGCUUAGGGAUUCGCUCAUUUGGCGAUGCACAGGGAUGUAUGUAUCUCCUAAAGGUGGCACAUGACUACACGAUGGAACACUUUGUAGAGGUGACAAAGAACCAGGAAUUUCUCCUACUUCCAGCUAAUGAAAUUGCAAAACUUUUGUCUAGUGAUGACAUUAAUGUGCCAGAUGAAGAAGCUAUAUUCCAUGCUUUAAUGAUAUGGGUAAAGCAUGAUUUUCAGAACAGACAGCAACACCUGGGAAUGCUCCUGUCUUUAAUUAGAUUGCCAUUACUUCCACCACAGUUACUGGCUGAUCUCGAGAAUAGUACCAUGUUCGUGCAUGACCUGGAGUGUCAAAAGCUCCUGAUGGAAGCUAUGAAGUAUCAUCUCUUGCCAGAGAGAAGGUCCAUGAUGCAAAGUCCUCGGACCAAGCCUCGAAAAUCGACAGUGGGGGCCCUGUAUGCAGUGGGAGGCAUGGAUGCCACCAAAGGCACCACCACAAUUGAAAAAUAUGACCUUCGUACAAACAGUUGGAUACAAGUUGGUACCAUGAAUGGUCGGCGAUUGCAGUUUGGAGUUGCAGUCAUUGACAACAAGCUCUAUAUUGUGGGCGGAAGAGAUGGUCUAAAAACUUCAAACACCGUGGAAUGUUUUAAUCCAGUGGCCAAAAUCUGGUCCAUUAUGCCUCCCAUGUCAACUCAUAGACAUGGUCUGGGGGUGGCCAUGCUCGAAGGACCGAUGUAUGCUGUUGGUGGCCAUGAUGGAUGGAGUUAUCUUAACACUGUAGAAAGAUGGGACCCUCAAGCACGGCAGUGGAAUUACGUGGCUAGCAUGUCAACUCCUCGGAGCACAGUGGGCGUCGCGGCAUUGAACAGCAAAUUAUAUGCUGUUGGUGGACGAGAUGGAAGCUCUUGUUUAAAGUCUAUGGAGUGUUUUGACCCUCACACCAACAAAUGGAGUAUGUGUGCAUCAAUGUCAAAAAGACGCGGCGGUGUUGGGGUUGCAACGUACAAUGGAUUGUUAUACGCUGUUGGAGGACAUGAUGCCCCUGCAUCCAACCACUGUUCCAGGCUGUCUGACUGUGUGGAAAGGUAUGACCCCAAAACAGACACAUGGACAACAGUAGCCCCUUUAAGCAUCCCUCGUGAUGCUGUCGGGGUCUGUCCUCUUGGAGAUCGUCUGUAUGCAGUGGGAGGAUAUGACGGACAUUCGUAUUUGAACACAGUCGAGUCCUAUGAUGCACAAAAUAAUGAAUGGACAGAGGAAGUUCCUGUUAACAUUGGAAGAGCUGGAGCUUGCGUUGUGGUUGUGAAACUGCCCUAAUGAGAUCCAGCAAACAUAAAAGCAAACCAAACUCCCAGCUCAUGAACCAGUGUAGGAGGAGAAGAAGAAGAAAGCAAACACAUUUGAAGUAGCAGCUGUGCUUGUUGGGAGCUAGCUACUAAAUGGGCAAAUCACAUUGGGCUUGGUAUAUGAUUCAAAACUAAAUUUAGAGUUUCUUUAUUUUCCAAGCAGGAAUUACACAUGACAGUCACCUAAAAGUGUUGUCACAGUUGAUUCAUAUAAAGCCCCAUCCAAUGAACCACGUUUAAGUCUUUUGAAUGAAAAUACUCAAUGUUUAAUGAAACUUGGUAAUGGCCAAGGCAGGACACGUUAUGAUGUGAAACAAAAUAGAGAAAGGAGUGUUGAUCUUGGGGUCAUCAAAUCCUAGAUCUGCCACUUACUACCUAUGUGACCUUGGGAAGUCACUUAAUCUGUCUGGGCCUCAGUUUCCUUAGCUGUAAAA